UCUCCUAUGAAAGCAGAGUAGAAAAUUGCACAAGGACAUCCAAACCAUCUUCAGAUCUUAUUUUAUUUGGCCCCGUACAAAUAAGUUCUGCCGGCCAUUUCUUCCACACAAAUUGCUGCAGAAGAAGAUGCUUCCGAGGCAUAGAUUUUUCAAGUUCAGAUCUCUCUUGAUUUCUCUCUGCUAGCUAGUCUCAUUUCUUCCACGCAGAGUCCGCGCUAGAGCUCUCAUCAUCCUCUAGCUUUCUUUUCCAGGGGACAGACAGCAAGAGUGUUCUGAUCGGCCAUUUGUUAGUAUAUACUUCUCCCCUCCUUGUCAGCGUCAGAUGAGUGCACGGCCCUGCUGCUUCGACGCAGCCUUGAGGUCCUGGGCGUUCAUGUCCAUGGCGCCGUGGAUCGUCAUCGACUACUCCAGGCUCAGCUGGCUCCUCUUCCGCGUCUUCAUCACCGACGGCAACCAACACGCCAAGCCCGGCGGCCUCUAGCACAGGCAUCUCCUAAUUUGCUUCCAUCUAUAAGGCAGCAAAUAGCUAGCUAGUCUCUUCUGUUUGUUGCUACCAAGUAAUUAAGCCCGGUCGAUCGAGCAUGUCCGGGCCACGGCGGUGCAGCGGCCGGCGGCCGGAGAGACCGGCGGUGGUGGGGGAGAACAGCAACGGAUACGUCGAGACCGACCCAACCGGUCGCUAUGGCCGGUUCGACGAGCUGCUGGGCAAAGGAGCAAUGAAGUGGGUGUACCGGGGUUUCGACGAGGAUCGCGGCGUGGAGGUUGCAUGGAACCAGGCGAGCCUCUGCGACGUGCUCCGGACGCCGGACGCGGUGCAGCGCAUGUACUCGGAGGUGCAGCUGCUGAGCACGCUCCGCCACGACGCCAUCAUCGUCUUCCACGCCUCCUGGGUGGACGUCCCCCGCCGCACCUUCAACUUCAUCACCGAGCUCUUCUCCUCCGGCACCCUCCGCUCGUACCGCCUCCGGUACCCGCGCGUGAGCCUCCGCGCCGUCCGGUCGUGGGCGCGCCAGAUCCUGCGGGGGCUCGCCUACCUCCACGCCCACGACCCGCCCGUCAUCCACCGCGACCUCAAGUGCGACAACCUCUUCGUCAACGGCCACCAGGGACAGGUCAAGAUCGGCGACCUCGGCCUCGCCGCCGUCCUCAGCGAGGCGGGGCAGGCCGCGCACAGCGUCAUCGGCACGCCCGAGUUCAUGGCCCCCGAGAUGUACGACGAAGAGUACAACCAGCUCGUGGACGUCUACUCCUUCGGCAUGUGCAUGCUCGAGAUGCUCACCACCGAGUACCCCUACAGCGAGUGCUCCAACCCUGCGCAGAUCUACAAGAAGGUCACCGCCGGCAAGCUACCCGACGCAUUUUACCGGGUGGACGACGACGAGGCCCGACGGUUCAUCGGCAGGUGCCUUGUCGCAUCCUCCAAGCGGCCGUCCGCGGCGGAGCUCUUGCUGGACCCUUUCCUUGACGAUCAUGCCACGUCGCCUUGUGCCACGAUGCCACUGCCAGUGCCAGGUGCUGCUCCCUUCACCUGCAGUGAUACAGCCGAACCAUUGUCGUCGUCGGACGAUCAGGACGUGGCGGAGGAGGCAGAGCUGCCGGCAAGGACUGACAUGACCAUCACCGGCAAGCUAAACAGCGAGCAGGACACCAUCUUCCUCAAAGUACAGAUCGCCGAUGAGACAGGCCAUGCUCGGAACAUCUACUUCCCGUUCGACAUGGUGGGCGACACGGCGAUGGCGGUGGCGAAUGAGAUGGUGAAGGAGCUGGACAUCACCGACCGGGACCCCUCGGAGAUCGCGGCCAUGAUCGAGCAGGAGAUCGGCAGGCUGCUGCCCGCCGGCAGAGAGCAGCACGAGUACACGUACGCGCAUGAUGACGACGACGAAAACGAGGAGCAGCCUCCUCCUUUCUACUACCUCUCCUCUUCUCCCACCUCCUCCUCGGGGGGUUUGUCUGGCCCACACGGCGGUGGCUGGUCCAAAGAUCACUGCUACUACGCUUUAAGCGACGACGAUGACAUGAGCUCCAUGCACUCCGGUAAGUACUCUGCUACGCAUUACGACACCCCAGGUCACGAAGAAGACGGACAUGUUGGGACCAAGACGAAGACCACAAGAUUCAGCCCAGCAGGAGAGAUCAGCAGCAGCAGCAGCAGAAGCCCAAGGAGAGCAGAUACGCUGGCGCAGCAGCUGCAGCGGCAGUGCAGCGUGUCGCCGCACGCGGGCCGGCCGCGGCGGCGCGACGACGAGCGUCGCGGGAGGAUGACCCGGAACCGGUCGAUGGUGGACAUGCGGAGCCAGCUGCUGCACCGGACGCUGGUGGAGGAGCUCAACCGGCGGCUCUUCUUCAACACCGUCGGCGCAGUCGAGGACAUCGGGUUCCGCCACUACUCGUCGUCGUCAACGCGUGGACCGCGGAAGGAGAUGCAAAGACGAUAAGCAGCAGUACUACAUAUUUUGAGCAAUCUGAAUUUUCUUGCAAUAUAUAGGAGUAAUAUCUAUGCAUGCUUGACACAGAUUGAAGAAGGUUCUUCUUCCCUUUUGCCAUGUUUUAGCUAAGGGUUUUCUUGUAAAAAAUCACAGACUAUUUUUCUUUUUUUUAAGCCCAAGGAGAGCUAGAUGCUUGCCUAAAUUGUCUUUUUUUUUGUCCUAUAAAUUAACUACGUACGUGCUCUGGUAUUGCAAUUCGUGCGUAUACUACAAAUAUUUGCUAUAUAUAAAGAGAAGAAAAUUCAAUUCAUUGCAACCUCCGAGAGGGGAAAUACGCAUGCAUUUCGCUGUAUAUAAAUCGGAACUUCAAUUCGUUUGCCAAGUAGAGAGUUAGAUGAAAUUACUUACACGUAUAUGCUGGAAAACACCCAGAUUAAAAGCAGAGUGGAAAUAAAGAACUUGCCUGCGUGUAUAGUAUAUGAACUAGAUAACUAUAUAUAUUCAUACAUUCUAUCCGGCAAAACAAAGAGAAUGAAAAAAAAGAAUUUUCAUGCCAUUUCAAGCACAGAGAUAAGAGAAAACAAAACAAAGAAGAAGAAGA